AUGAUCCGUGCUGAAUAUCGGAAGGUGUACCACUUGCUUUUCGAGGAAGAGAGACGUUAUUUAGAGAGAAUGGAAAAAGAAAGCAACGAGAUUUUACAACAACUCAGAGCAAGUGAGGACAGCAUGCACCAAAAGGGAAAACUCCUAAGAGGAAUGUAUGAGGACCUCAAGAAAACGUGUCAUAAACCAGACGUGGAGCUGCUCCAGCAUUUUGAAAACACUUUAAAAAGGAGUGAGUCAGUGCAGCUGCACAUGCCCCAACCUGUGGAUCCACGGCUCAGUUCAUGGCCCAUCACGGGGCUGAUAGAGAGACUCAACCAUUUUCUUGUGCCCAUUUUUUUUGAAAAUGAAACAACGACCUGUCACAUGCCGCUGUUUGAAGAUCUGAGACGUUGGCUCUUCAGUCGCGAUCAUCCUGACGUUGUCACUAAUGCAACAAGAUCAAAAUACUUUCUGGCAUGGGGAGCCCAGACAUUUACCUGUGGUCAGCAUUACUGGGAGGUGGAUGUGGGGAACUGUCGGAACUGGGCCCUUGGAUUUUGCGAUGAUUCUUGGACAAUGAGGAAUGACAUGGCGCUUGACUCAGAGGGGAUUUUUCUACUCUUUUGUAUCAAAGAGGACAACCAGUGUCGUCUCUUUAGCUCCUCCCCACUGUCGCCUCAAUAUGUAGAAAGGCCUCUGGGCCACGUGGGGGUGUUCCUGGAUUAUGAGUGUGGUGUGGUGAGCUUUGUGAACGUGGCCAAUUGCUCCCUCAUCUGCAGUUUCCUCUCACGUUCCUUCUGUCUUCCUCUCCGACCCUUUCUAUGCUCUGCACCCUCGUGAGGAGGGACAUGUCAGAAAGUGACCACAAGCGUCAGCUCAGCGAAGUGCCUGCUUGAUGGUCUUCAAUGUCUCCCUUUAUCCAACCCAUUGACUAUUUUUAAAGGUUGAUAAUUACAAGCGUAUACAUUUGUUUCCAUUGUAUUUAAAUAAAAACAAUCUUUCUCAGAG